AUGAGAAGUCAUCAUAUUAUUUUAUUGUCUCAUUACAUUUCUACAAAGACGCAGACCAAUUUUCAAAUUAAUACUUCACCAGAUCGAAGAUAG